GGGCCUUUGCGCUGAGAGUAGCAAGCUCACGUGCCAUCAGUCCCGCUGUGGAAGGCACAGGCAGUUGCUUUGUGAGAGCCAUACAAACAACAUGCCCUUGGAUGCGGUCACCCUUCAACGUGCGUGGCAUCAGCAUAAUAUACUCUUCUAUUCAGUUGUUUGCUUCGUAUGUUCUGCUCUGGUGUUCGUAGAGGCGUUUGAGAAGAUACUCAGUAAAUCUAAGACUACGUGGUCUCCACUCAGGAUAUUUGGACCGCCUGUGUGGCUACCGGUUACAACUGACAAAGGAUACCUCACCGCCAUGCAAGCUAUGAUCAUUAGUGUUACGUACUGCGUAGCGUGCUGUUUCCUGUUCAGGGCACAAUAUGAGGGGAGGAAAUUGCUGCUCACACCCUGGCUGCUGUUGCAUUCGUUCGUUGUGACAUACCAAAUGCUGUCCAUAAUGGCCUUCACAAAGUUCUAUCAGUCAUCAGAUCUCGCUUUAGCUUCGUGUUCAAUUUUUUUAAAUUUGCUCUUGCUGUGGUCCUCAUUUGUCUCCAUGAGCCACGUGACAGCGGACAACAAUCCUAUAUAGAUGUGAGUGGUAACACUUUGUAGCACCACCUUCCGAAGUUGCGUCCCAUGUUAUGCAGCUGUAAGGAAAUCAACUUUCUGGAAGGCCAAAUGUAAUUCUGCAGGGAUUAAAAUCACUGCUCAAAGCUCGGCGGAAAAACGAGACGAGCAGCCGUACAUUUACACAUCCACUUAGAGCAGUCCUGGCUACUGCUAAUUUUACUCCACCUAACUAUUAAGAUGUUACAACAUAUCUAUGCCGAUAUUUUAUUAGUUUGUGUUGUACGCAUGCUACGUUAGUCUUACGUACAUCUUGUGAUGUCGAAGUGUAUAAAAUCCUACUAGUAGAGUUGAAAAUUUGGUUUUCUAAAACCUCUGCGAAGGUUCAUAUGACCAGAAUAAUCACUGUGAUUUUGUUAGAAUAAACAUAGUAAUGACGAGAUCCAGUUGAUUUCUUGUCCAUUUUUAAUAUUUAUUAAGUUAUUAUGCUGUUCGCUAUUACUGCUAUUAAUACUGUACAGCACAAGGUUUUAUCAUUCUAUUUGUAAUGCCUGGAUCUGUCCUAAAACGGCCUGUGUUGGUUUCCCUAGAGAGAACGUACACAAAUAAAGUACUGUAACAGAGCUAA